GCAAAGCCUACGGACCCAAAGUCGACAUCUGGUCCUUGGGUAUCAUGGCUAUCGAGAUGGUGGAAGGAGAACCGCCGUACCUCAACGAGAAUCCACUGAGGGCGCUCUACCUGAUUGCCACCAAUGGGACUCCAGAGUUGCAAAGUCCUGAAAAGUUGUCGCCCAUCUUCCGAGACUUUCUGAGUCGCUGUCUGGAGAUGGACGUGGAGAAAAGGGGUGGAAGCAAAGAGCUUUUGCAGCAUCCCUUCCUGAAGUUGGCCAAGCCUCUCUCGAGUCUCACUCCUCUGAUUUUGGCGGCCAAGGAAGCCAUGAAGAACAACCGCUAGCUGUGCCCACGAGCGCAGCGGACUUCUGAACACUCUUGAAAUCUGUGCCAGGUGUUUUUUUUACCAGUGUGUCAACAUAUCAAUGUUGCCAAA